GCCUAAGGAUCCUCCCCUUCCAGCUCUUGCAAACACCCGGCUCCUCCGGAGCCUGCGGAUCCUUCUUGGACGCAGGCUCACCGCAAAGGAAGCUGCGAGGUGCCCGAUUUGCACACGUGAAGCCCGAGAUCCGGGGCGGUGGACGCCAGGCAAGACAUGAAAACCCCCAACUCGCAGGAGGCCGAAGGGCAACAAACCAGGGCAGUUGCAGGACGGGCCACUGGGUCUGCAAACAUGACAAAGAGAAAAGCCUCCCAAAAGAAACAGAGAGGCAGACCUUCGUCCCAGCCCCGCAGGAACAUCGUGGGCUGCAGGAUUUCACACGGAUGGAAGGAAGGCGAUGAGCCCAUCACCCAGUGGAAAGGAACCGUUCUGGAUCAGGUGCCUAUAAAUCCUUCUCUUUAUCUGGUGAAAUAUGAUGGAAUUGACUGUGUCUAUGGACUGGAACUUCACAGAGAUGAAAGAGUUUUGUCUCUUAAAAUUCUUUCUGACAGGGUGGCAUCAUCUCAAGUCAGUGAUGCAAACCUUGCAAAUACCAUAAUUGGUAAAGCUGUGGAACAUAUGUUUGAGGGUGAGCAUGGUUCUAAGGAUGAAUGGAGAGGAAUGGUCUUGGCCCAAGCACCUAUCAUGAAAGCCUGGUUUUAUAUUACCUAUGAGAAAGAUCCUGUCUUGUACAUGUACCAGCUUCUAGAUGAUUAUAAAGAAGGAGACCUCCGUAUCAUGCCAGAGUCCGGUGAGUCUCCUCCAGCAGAGAGGGAGCCAGGAGGAGUUGUAGAUGGCCUGAUAGGUAAACAUGUGGAAUAUACCAAAGAAGAUGGCUCCAAACGGAUCGGCAUGGUCAUUCACCAAGUGGAAGCCAAACCCUCUGUGUAUUUCAUCAAGUUUGAUGAUGAUUUCCAUAUCUAUGUCUAUGAUUUGGUGAAAAAGUCCUAACUGUUAGGGUAAACUUUGCCACAUUUGUGAAAACAAAUGUGUACUUUGUAGACAUGCAAAAUAAUGUUACUUUUCAGUGUAUUGAAAGUUUUAGGGUCCCUGUUAAUCCGACAUCUUUGCCAGCAUAACUGUUGUUUUGUCCUGAAAAAUACAAAUUUAUGUGGCCAUGA